AUGGCAAUGGCGCAGGGCUGUUGCAACUCAUACACCUUCGGCUUAGGAUAUGCUGAAUGCUUUGACCGUUCCUCCAGCCAUCCCUUUUCCACGAGCCCUCAUCGUCGGGCUAUGGCAGGCAAGCCACCGAUACAAGACCGGUCUGCUGAAGGUCAAGCUGCGACAGGACAUCAGUUUAACAAGAAUAUCGCUAUCAAAAACAGGGUAUUCGCCAUAACCCAUCCUUGGACCUCCCCUGUCAACUUGAAGUCUAUGGUGCAAUGCAUUUCCAGCCCCGAUAAGCUGUCCACCGACACAUCGUGCGAUAGAUUUCUCAAGGGUGGCGUCAUGGCCCAACAGCGGUCUCUCCAUCAAACAUGCGCCAUCCCGCACAAUGGAAGAGAUGGAAUGCAGCCUGCACAGAUGGCAAACCUCAACCUACACCUACGCAAGCCUGUGCAUCGAAACAAACCUCGUCGCCCUGGAUUGUCGGGCGUCUCUAUGUCGACAUUAGUGGGUCUUCUCAUCUUCGCGCGGACCCUGGGAAUUGUUACUUCGUAA